AGCUCAGAUAUUAUAAAAAAAUAUAUAUAAAAAAUCUAAAAAUGGAAGACCACAUGCCCAAAAUGAACAUGUUUUCUUCUGACGCCUCUGAUGACUUCACAGAUGGACCUCAAGCAGAAAUGAGGUCAGCCCCAGGUAAAGUAAUUGACCAAGGCCUGCUUUGUAAAGUGUGUUCUGAUUCAAGCAGCGGUAAACAUUAUGGUAUCUACGCCUGUAAUGGCUGCAGUGGCUUCUUCAAGCGCAGUGUGAGACGAAGACUCAUCUACAGGUGUCAGGCUGGAACUGGCAGAUGCCCUGUUGACAAGGCUCAUCGGAACCAAUGCCAGGCUUGCAGACUAAAGAAGUGUCUGCAAGCUGGCAUGAACAAAGAUGCUGUGCAGAAUGAGCGACAGCCACGAAGCACAGCACACGUCAGUUUGGACUCCAUAAGUGUGGAAACUAAAAAGGAGCACCUGGCCACCACACGGGAGCUCACUUCGUCUGCCACCUACUCAUCAGUCAUCUGCAGACCUUUGGUCACUUCCUCCGUCAACACCUCUGCUGCUUUACAGCCCUGCAGCAGCCCCAAUAACUACCACCGCUUCAUGGUCAGCCUGCUGACUGCAGAGACUUGUGCAAAACUGGAACCUGAGGAUGUGGAGGAAAAUAUUGAUGUGACAACCAAUGAUUCAGAGAGAGAUGAGACUCCUUCUGACUGCCGUGUGUCCCCGUACACCUUCAGCUGUUCAGAGAGUAUUUAUGAGACAUCGGCACGACUCCUCUUCAUGUCUGUCAAGUGGGCAAAAAAUUUGCCAGUUUUUGCUCAUUUGCCAUUUCGAGACCAGGUGAUUCUCCUUGAGGAAGCUUGGAGCGAGAUGUUCCUCUUGUGUGCCAUCCAGUGGUCCCUGCCAAUGGACAGCUGUCCUCUUCUGUCUCUGCCAGACAUGUCUCCAUCCCAGCAGUCCAAGAUCAGCCUCUCCACAACAGACCUACGCAUCCUGGAGGAGGUCUUUAAUCGUUUUAAGGCCUUGGCUGUUGACCCUACUGAGUUUGCUUGCCUGAAAGCGAUAGUCCUGUUCAAACCAGAGACACGCAGCCUCAAAGACCCAGAGCAGGUGGAGAAUCUGCAGGACCAGUCACAGGUGUUGCUUGGUCAGCACAUUCAUUCAGUAUACCCCAGCCAAAGUGCCAGAUUUGGGAGACUGUUACUUCUGCUGCCAUCCCUCCACUUUGUGAGCUCAGAGAAAAUAGAGCAGCUGUUCUUUCACAGGACCAUUGGCAGCACACCCAUGGAGAAGCUGCUUUGUGACAUGUUCAAAAACUAAGACUAAAACCAGCACACAGGGAAACUUAAUUUGCCAGGAGGAAAACACCAUAAACCAACCCACAGUAUUAAACAGAAUAGCCCUU